GAAAUAUCCUAAAACUUGAAAUCAAAAUUUCGGGAAUCAUGAAGCCGAUAUUCCCAUGGCUAAUCAGCUGUUGUGCUGGAAUGAUGUUGGGCGCCCAAUCGAUCGACAUUUGCAAGAUAGCCAAUGAGGAAAACGAAUCCCGGCAUGCAGUUGGAAUGGAAACAUCUGCGAUUCGGGAGGACUUCGAACAACCCUUCAUUAUGGGAUCCGCGCAGAUAAGUGCAGUGUUGCAACAACUAUUGAGCAGCGAUGAGAAGGGUCUGAGGAGCCUUACGCAAUAUAAUAUUAUUGGCACUGUGCCCAAUGCUAUUAAGUCUGACUACAUGCUCGGUUCCGAGUCAUUGAAUCGCAUGCUGGAGAAUAUGUUGGCGCAUCCUUGUAACGACUCCGAUAAGCUGCCUCAUAUUGAACCAGCCAUACAGCUUUAAAAUCAUCCAUAAUGUUUAUAUUUGUGAAUACAUUACUCUUUUUCAUUUUUUUC